AUGCAGCUAGACAACGUUCUGUUUCUCCCUUCAUCGGUUCACAAUCUGCUCUCAGUUUGUGCACUUGGAGCUGCCGGCAUUGCCGUUUCCUUCCCCAUUGCUGGGCGGGUUGAGCUCAAGACUGAUGAGGCUCUUAUUGGCGAGGGCUUUACCCGCAACAAUCUGUUUUAUCUUCAGCUGCAUCAUGGGAGUAGUGCCGCCCCCCCCAUCAACCCAUCGGCAUGUCCAGUCUCCACCACCUCCUCCUCAUACCUUUGGCAUCGCCGUUUCGGGCAUCUUAACAUGCGGGACUUGUCAACACUUCAUCGGCAGCAGCUGGUCACCGGUCUUAACCUCUCCUCCUCCUCAAUUCCUCAAUGCAUAUCACCCAACCUCCCCUCCCUCUCGUUCACCUCCCAUGACCUCUUCCACCACCCUCCUCCCACCAUCUCCAAAUCUGCUAGCACCAGCAACCUCUUCUCCUCCUUUGUUUUCAAACCUUCCCCUGCCCUCGACGCCGCAAGACUUCCGCCUUCCAUCCCUCUCCUCUCCUUCUUCAGCUCGUCCUCCCCCUUGCACCUCUAG